AUGGCUGAGGGCGCGGCCAGCAGGGAGGGUCUGGCGCCUCCGGACGCCGCUGGGAGCGAAGACGACCCCCGAGCCGGUCCGGACACCGGUUGUGGAGACGCCUUGGCGGUGGCUGCUGGGGGCCGCCUGAGAGACCGUCGUAGCGGGGUUACACUGCAGGGCGCCGCGGGCGCCCCAGCCGACAGCGAGGCCGGACUCCUGGAGGCGGCACGGGCCACCCCUCGGCGGAGCAGCAUCAUCAAGGAUCCUGCAAACCAAAAAUGUGGUGGAAGAAAGAAAACUGUGUCUUUCAGCAGCAUGCCAUCAGAAAAGAAAAUUAGCAGUGCCAAUGACUGCAUCAGCUUCAUGCAGGCUGGCUGUGAACUGAAGAAAGUCCGGCCAAAUUCUCGUAUCUACAACCGGUUUUUCACUCUGGACACAGACCUCCAAGCUCUUCGCUGGGAACCUUCUAAGAAAGAUAUGGAGAAAGCCAAGCUUGAUAUUUCUGCUAUAAAAGAGAUUAGACUGGGGAAGAACACGGAAACAUUCAGAAACAAUGGCCUUGCCGACCAGAUUUGUGAGGAUUGUGCCUUUUCUGUACUCCAUGGGGAAAACUAUGAGUCUCUGGACCUAGUUGCCAAUUCAGCAGAUGUAGCAAAUAUUUGGGUGUCUGGGUUGCGGUACCUGGUUUCUCGGAGUAAACAACCCCUUGAUUUUAUGGAGGAUAACCAGAACACACCAAGGUUCAUGUGGUUGAAAACAGUGUUUGAAGCAGCAGAUGUUGAUGGGAAUGGUAUUAUGUUGGAAGACACUUCUGUAGAGUUAAUAAAACAGCUUAACCCUACCCUGAAGGAAUCCAAGAUCAGGUUAAAAUUUAAAGAGAUCCAGAAGAGCAAAGAAAAACUAACCACCCGAGUGACAGAAGAGGAAUUCUGUGAAGCUUUUUGUGAGCUUUGUACCAGGCCGGAAGUGUACUUCUUACUUGUGCAGAUAUCUAAGAAUAAAGAAUAUUUGGAUGCCAAUGACCUUAUGCUCUUUCUAGAAGCUGAGCAAGGAGUCAGCCAUAUUACUGAGGAUAUGUGCUUAGACAUCAUUAGGCGAUAUGAGCUUUCUGAAGAGGGACGUCAGAAAGGGUUUCUUGCAAUUGAUGGCUUUACUCAGUAUUUGUUGUCACCAGAAUGUGACAUUUUUGAUCCUGAGCAAAAGAAAGUUUCCCAAGAUAUGACCCAGCCAUUAUCUCAUUACUAUAUCAAUGCUUCUCAUAACACUUAUCUAAUAGAGGACCAGUUCAGGGGACCAGCUGAUAUUAAUGGGUACGUCAGAGCCUUGAAAAUGGGCUGUCGGAGCAUUGAACUUGAUGUUAGUGAUGGCUCAGAGAAUGAACCAAUCUUGUGUAACCGAAAUAACAUGGCAACACAUCUUUCCUUCCGAAGUGUCAUAGAAGUGAUAAAUAAAUUUGCCUUUGUUGCUUCUGAAUACCCACUUAUUCUUUGCCUGGGGAAUCACUGUACCCUUUCACAGCAGAAGGUAAUGGCUCAACAGAUGAAAAACGUCUUUGGUGAUAAAUUAUACAAUGAAGCACCUUUGCCCUCAGAAUCCUACCUCCCAUCACCAGAAAAAUUAAAGCGAAUGAUCAUUGUGAAAGGAAAGAAAUUGCCUUCAGAUUCAGAUGUGUUAGAGGGAGAAGUAACAGAUGAGGAUGAAGAAGCUGAGAUGUCUCGCAGGAUGUCGGUAGAUUACAAUGGUGAACAGAAACAAAUCUGGCUCUGUAGGGAGCUCUCUGAUUUGGUAUCCAUUUGUCAAUCUGUUCAGUACAGGGAUUUUGAACUGUCUAUGAAAAGUCAAAACUAUUGGGAAAUUUGUUCCUUUAGUGAAACGGAGGCCAGCCGCAUUGCAAAUGAAUACCCAGAGGAUUUUGUAAAUUAUAAUAAAAAAUUCUUAUCAAGAGUCUAUCCAAGCGCCAUGAGGAUUGAUUCCAGUAACUUGAAUCCACAGGACUUUUGGAACUGUGGCUGUCAGAUUGUGGCAAUGAAUUUUCAGACUCCAGGGCCAAUGAUGGACCUUCACACUGGCUGGUUUCUUCAGAAUGGAGGCUGUGGUUAUGUUCUGAGGCCAUCUAUCAUGCGGGAUGAAGUUUCUUACUUCAGUGCAAACACAAAGGGCAUUGUACCUGGGGUAUCUCCUCUAGCUCUCCAUAUCAAGAUCAUCAGUGGCCAAAAUUUCCCAAAGCCUAAGGGAGCUUGUGCCAAAGGGGAUGUCAUAGAUCCCUAUGUUUGUAUUGAGAUACAUGGAAUUCCAGCAGACUGUUCAGAACAAAGAACUAAAACUGUACAACAAAACAGUGAUAAUCCCAUUUUUGAUGAGACGUUUGAGUUCCAAGUAAACCUGCCCGAGCUGGCCAUGAUCCGUUUUGUUGUUUUGGAUGAUGACUACAUUGGGGAUGAGUUCAUUGGGCAAUAUACAAUACCGUUUGAAUGUUUGCAGCCAGGAUAUCGACAUGUUCCCCUGCGCUCUUUUGUGGGUGACAUCAUGGAACAUGUAACCCUUUUCGUCCACAUAGCAAUAACUAAUCGCAGUGGAGGUGGAAAGGCACAGAAGCGCAGUCUUUCAGUGAGAAUGGGGAAGAAAGUCCGAGAAUAUACCAUGCUCAGGAAUGUCGGUCUUAAAACCAUAGACGACGUCUUUAAAAUAGCAGUUCAUCCCCUAAGAGAAGCUAUAGACAUGAGAGAAAAUAUGCAGAAUGCGAUAGUGUCUAUUAAGGAGCUGUGUGGACUCCCUCCAAUUGCCAGUCUGAAGCAGUGCCUGUUAACCCUGUCCUCUAGGCUCAUUACCGGCGACAGUACCCCCUCAGUUUGCCUUGUGAUGAAAGAUGGCUUUCCCUACCUGGAGCCUCUGGGUGCAAUGCCGGAGGUGCAGAAAAAGAUGCUCGCUGCCUAUGAUCUGAUGAUCCAAGAGAGCCGACUUCUCAUAGAAAUGGCAGACACAGUGCAAGAAAAGAUUUUACAAUGUCAGAAAGCAGGGAUGGAGUUUCAUGAAGAACUUCAUAAUUUGGGCGCAAAAGAAGGUUUAAAAGGGAGAAAACUCAACAAAGCAACUGAGAGCUUUGCUUGGAACAUUACAGUAUUGAAAGGCCAAGGAGAUCUGUUGAAGAAUGCCAAAAAUGAAGCUAUUGAAAACAUGAAGCAGAUCCAGCUGGCGUGCCUGUCUUGUGGACUGAGUAAAGGCCCCAGUAGUGGGACUGAGACCAAGAACAAGCGUAGCCUGGAAGCCAUCGAGGAGAAGGACGGUGGCGAGGAGAACGGGAAGCUGUGAUGCUGUGCAGUAUGGCACAAUCACCCAGCCUCUUGUUAAGGAUUCAUGUUUCUCAGCCUUGCUUUUUUUAGCUUUUUUCUUUUUAAAGAAAUUUACAAAGAAAGACAUCCUGUACAGAUUAUGGGACAUAAACAUUUUCACAAUGGCAGUAUUUCUAUGUAGUUAAUUUAUCAAAUUUAAGACAUUCAGUAGCAGUGUUUUAAAUUCCUAGUUGUAUGUAUACGCAUGUAUGAAUUCUUGUGGAAGUGUAUGUGCUUAUGGGUGUGUGUGUGUGUGGAAAGAGAGAGAGAGAGAACGAGAGAAAGAGAGAGAAAGAGAGGGAGAUUCUGACCCUGUUGAACCCUAUUCUGUAUUGCAUUAUUCAUUUAGUAAGUUAUUCCUUUACAUUAUCAUUUUGGAACAAAUUUGUUAGUCUGAAAUUCUAAAGAGCACUUAUUGUAACCUGUUGCUGUGUUUAAUUUUACUUCUUUGCCUCUGCUAUUUAAUUUAAAGAUCUUAGCACAAACUAUUGCUGAAGGAAGUCAAAUUUAUCAAAGUACAGAUGUUUUGAUAGAUUAAAGAUUAGAAAAGUUUGUAAGAAUCACAAUAUAAAUAAAAAUAAAAGAUAAAGCAAAAGAUCAGAAUUUCUCAAAAGAUCAGUGAAGCGAUUUCUUUAGUGACCUCUUUAAAUAUUUAUUUUAAAAAAUCAACUUUAGAAAGUUUUCUGGAGUUGUUUACCAAGCCUGAUUUUAGAGGGAAAGCUGGUCAUAAAUAAGCAUAAAGCCAUUGUAUGUGGUAUUCUGAAGCACAUUGUCGGCUCUGUUGUCAGUUGGAUGUUGCUACUACAAAGAUAUUCAGUUAUGUGAUUUGAAAAUUUGUAGGAGGGUCUUAUUCUCCCAAACAGGGAGUCUAGCAUCCAUUGCCUUUAAAGACAAGGAAAGCUAAGAGGUGUUGAAUUAGACUGAAUAUAAUUUAGAGUACUAAAUUUAAAGUAAGAUAUGUUCAAACAAUGCUAUAACAUCAUGUUGAAAUCAUAUAUAUUUUAUAGGUCAGAUAACAUCUUUGUGAUGAUUUAUGAACUGACUACAGAAUGUCUGUGAUAUAGUUUUAACACAUACAGAAAAAUGCUCACAAAAUGAAGUAGGUUACUAAAUAGGGUACAUAUAUAAUUGUAUCUAGAUAAUUUUUACCCUAAUUUCUUCAUAAAGUACUUGAGUGUGAUGUUUGUUACCUCCAACAAAACUAAAUGUUCAAUGAUUAUGAAAGAAUAUAUUUAUUUAAAACAUUGCUUUUAUUUUGAAAAGCUUCAUAAUUAAUUUAACAACAUACUAAUUUGGGAGGAUGUAGAGAAGAUAAGUGCUGAAACUUUUUGAUUAUGAACAUCCUGUAUAGCUACUGUGUUAUUUCUGACUUCUUAACACUAUUAUGUUCAUGCUGCACUUUGCUGAAAGAGUAAAGAUAUGAGAAACGCUUUUAUUGUUCUUUUAUUGCUAAUUUAUUAAAAGGAA